AAAAAUACUUGCUACACCCGCCGCCUCAAACAAAGGUAAACAAAAGUCUCAUUGACAAAUCUUGGAGUGUCCAUAAGCAAUUCAAUUGAACGAUUCUCUGCCAUGGCUGCCCUCGCCGCUGUACUUCCACCACCCGCGUAUGCCCCAACUAUUUCAGAUGACGAGGAAGAAGUUCCCCAGCCUACUCCGUCUCAAUCUGUGAUCACUCGCACACCAAUACCGCCAUACGGCCAACGAGUGGGAUGGAAACCGCUAAAAUCUGAGGACUUCGGGGAUGGUGGUUCAUAUCCCGAAUGUCAUGUUGCACAAUAUCCAUUAGACCUCGGGCGGAAGAAGACUGCCGCAGGCAACACAAUUUCUCUUCAAGUCGAUAGCGAAGGGAAUGUUCGUUAUGAUGCUAUUGCUCACCAAGGCCAACGUUCUGGCAAAUAUAUUCAGUCCCAAUUCAAGGACCUCGUUCCUAUCGCUCAUCGGAAAGACCUCACGGAUGACCAGCGGACCAUGGAGCGCCCUUCUGAGGAGGAGGUUCAAGCUACUGCAGAUAAAACUCGGGCCGCUCUUGAGCAACUUGUUUCUGGAAAGAUCAAGGCUGCACAACCGAAGCAUGUCCCGGAUGCGCAGGGGAAGACGACAUAUAUCCGAUACACACCUGGCCAGCAGAACGGAGGGGAUAAUGGUGCGCUUAAACAGAGGAUUAUCAAAAUGUCAGAGGUUGUGGAAGAUCCAAUGGAGCCGCCAAGGUUUAAGCAUAAGAAGAUUCCCAGGGGACCACCUAGUCCACCCCCUCCUGUUCUGCGGAGUCCACCAAGGAAGGCGACAGCGGCAGAGCAGAAGGAGUGGAUGAUCCCACCGUGUAUAUCCAAUUGGAAGAACAACAAAGGUUUUACUAUCCCACUCGACAAACGGUUGGCUGCAGAUGGUCGGGGUCUUCAAGAUGUUCACAUCAACGAUAAUUUUGCCAAGUUCUCAGAAGCAUUGUUUGUCGCAGACAGACAUGCCCGUGAAGAAGUUCGGCAACGUGCACUUAUGCAGCAAAAACUCGCACAAAAGGAGAAAGAAUCCAAAGAGGAGAACCUCCGCAUGCUUGCACAGCGCGCCCGGCAAGAGCGCAGUGGUGUCGCACCUUCUCGACCAACAGCGGAAUCUCGAGCGGCAGUCACGUCAACUCUUGCUGGCUAUGGUAGCGGCAGUGAAUCUUCUGCAUCAGACGCUGAACCAGAAGAUUCAGAAGAACAGGAAGCUCGCAAGCUCCGCGACGAAAUGCGUGCCGAGAAACGUCGUGAACGCGAACGUGAAAUGCGGAUGUCGAACAUGGGCGCCGAGCAGCGCGCCAAGAUGCUUGCACGGCAACAAAAUCGUGAUAUAUCAGAGAAAAUCGCGCUCGGUCUUGCAAAGCCGACCAUGUCGAAAGAAAGCAUGCUGGACUCGAGGCUGUUCAACCAGGAGUCGCUUAGUGGUUCGUUUGCAGAUGAAGACAACUACAAUUUGUAUGAUCGGCCGCUGUUCCACGGCUCGACAGCGGCAGCGGCGAUAUACAAGGCCAGGGGUAAUAUUGCAGAGGGCAACGACGAGUCAUUCGGUGGUGGGACCGAGGAGGAGGAUCAAGAAGUCCGUGAGGGACCUGUACAAUUUGAGAAGGAUACAGGGGACGUCUUCGGUCUGGAUAAAUUCUUGGACGAGGCAAAAUCUGGGAAAAAACGAGGUCUUGACACCGACGUUGGUGGGUCGCGGAAACGGCAACAACUGGAAAAGGCGUCCGAUUUCUAGGCAUUUGUAUUCUAUCGCUGUUGUCGUCUUUAUGCUAUGUAUCCUAUUCGUGGUUUGCAUUGAUCGUGCAUUUACUAUUUUUUAUCAUGAACCCAAAAUCUAUUGUCUGAUGUUGUUGACAAGGUGUUGUGACCUGUAUUAAUAGUAAAUGAUCUGUCGUGUGGUCGUAAUGGGCA